AUGUCACCCGAACCCCCCAAGGAUUUGCCUGUGCGGCCUGCCGCUGAAGCGCAGACCAACAAUGCCUCUGAAGCCACCGCUGCCCCUCCAAAAGAUGCGAAUGCGAAAUCUAAGCAGGCCCCGAGCCCCGAUACCCUCCCGGAGGUCAUGACUGAGCGAAACAAGCUCUUUGAGGAACUCUGGCAACAAUAUCUCGAAGAGACCAAGACCCGUCCCCACCCAGAGAUCAGUGUUACCCUUGACAUUGGUGACGGCAACCCCCCUCCUCGGUCCCCGCGAAAGCCUUCGAGACCACUCCUGGAUCUUUCCUGCGAUCUAAGUGCCAAUAUUGUUAUUGCCAAGGUCGAUGGAGAACUGUGGGAUUUGAACCGGCCUCUAGAGAAGGACUGUAGUGUUCUUCUUGUGCCUUUCAGCAACCCCGAGGCCCGCGAGGUAUUCUGGCACUCCAGCGCUCACACUCUGGGUGAGGCUUGCGAAUGCGAGUACAAAUCUCUGCUUUCACAUGGACCGCCCACGCCUCAGGGCUUCUUCUAUGACAUGGCGAUGCCCGACGGACGGGUUGUCAAGGAGGCCGACUGGAAGUCGCUUGAAAAUAAGGCGUCGCGUAUCUUCAAGGAGAAGCAAAGCUUCGACCGAUUGGACGUUUCCAAGGAGAACCUCAAGAAGAUGUUCGCAUACAGCAAAUACAAACUGCACUAUAUUGACAAGCUUGUCACUGGCGAGAGCAGCACCGUCUACCGUUGCGGUACCCUUGUCGAUCUCUGCCGAGGACCUCACAUUCAGAACACCGGCAAAAUAAAGACCUUCAAGAUCAUGCAGAACUCAUCGGCCUACUUCCUUGGCGACCAGGCCAACGACUCUUUGCAGCGUAUUCGUGGUGUUGCCUUCCCAGACAAGAAGCUAAUGGCUGAGCACUUGAAGUUCUUGGAAGAAGCCGAGAAGCGGAACCACCUUAGAAUCGGCAAGGAGCAAGAGCUAUUCUUCUUCGAUGAGGUCUCACCCGGCUGCCCAUUCCUCCUCCCCAACGGAACCAAGAUCCUCAACCAGCUCCAGUCUCUUCUGCGUACUGAAUACCGCAAGCGAGGCUACCAGGAGGUCCAGACCCCCAACAUGUAUGAUGUUGGCAUCUGGAAAACUUCCGGACACUGGGCCCACUACAAGGAUGAUAUGUUCAAGUUGGAUGUCGAGAAGCGCGAGUGGGCUCUUAAGCCCAUGAACUGCCCUGGACACUUCGUUCUGUUCGGCCACCGUGAACGUAGUUACCGCGAGCUUCCUAUGCGUAUUGCAGACUUCGGUGUCCUGCACCGAAAUGAGGCUUCUGGGGCGUUAAGCGGCUUGACUAGAGUACGUCGUUUUGCUCAGGAUGAUUCGCACAUAAUAUGUGAAGCUGGGCAGAUUAUGUCUGAAGUUGAGGGUCUGUUCGAUUUCCUGCAGUCCAUCUAUGGGCUGUUUGGCUUCACCUUCAAGUUGAAGCUGUCCACCCGCCCCGAGAAGUAUAUGGGUGCGUUGGAGACCUGGGACCACGCCGAGGACGAGCUCAAGAAGGCCUUGAAUAAGUUCAUGGGUAAUGAUUGGACCAUUAACGAGGGUGACGGUGCCUUCUACGGACCCAAGAUCGACAUCACCAUUGCGGAUGCUCUCCAGCGUGAGUUCCAGUGCGCUACUAUUCAACUCGAUUACCAGGCCCCCAUCAACUUCAAGAUGGAGUACAUGACCAACGAGCAGAGCCAGGCGAAUUUGGAGCAGCCCAAGGAGGGUGAGACCAAGAGCGACGGGCUUCCUCCCGGCCGUGCCCGUCCCGUUGUCAUCCACCGUGCCAUCAUCGGCAGUUUCGAGAGAUUCCUGGGUAUCCUGAUCGAGCACUUCGGUGGCAAGUGGCCCUUCUGGAUCAGUCCUCGCCAGAUCCUCAUUGUUCCGGUGAUGCCUGCCGUGAACGACUACGUCGAGGAGCUGCAGCAGAUCUUGCGGGGUGACAAGCUGAAUGUCGACAUUGACAUUAGCGGUAACACCAUGCAGAAGAAGAUUCGCACCGCCCAGCUCAGCCAAUACAACUUUAUAUUCGUUGUGGGCGCGUCGGAGAAGGAGUCUCGUACUGUCAACAUCCGUAACCGUGACGAUCCUGCCACCCAGAAACAGGGCGUCAUGGUGCCCCUUGAGGAGGCGCGGAUCAAGCUCAAGGCAUUGCGCAAGGAGCGCCGGUUGGAGAGCACUCUGUAGGGGAUAUUAUUCGUUACCGAUUUACGAAGAGUGAAAUGAAGAACAUGCGGAUUUCAACUGA